GGCUGCUGGCAUUGGGCGAUCCUUCGUUUUUGUUUGUCCAUUUUGGGCAACAGCGAUAGUUGACAGGGCCCGCUUGCCGCCAAUCGAGGCCCAUCGAGCCAUCGCACAUCAUCAACCGCCAUUACAGUGUAGCACUCAUAUAUACGCUUUUGCCAACCACACCCGGCUCCCUCCACUUCCAUCCAAGUCUACCAAAGAUCAAUAUCAUCAUUUUUUUUUUCGGGCUGUUGUUGCUGUUGUUGUUGUUUGAUUGAGACCGUCAGUCAUCAAUCAGUCAGUCCCUUGCCCAGGCGGCUGAGUCAACUAUUCGAAUAUAUACGCAUUAAAAACACAACAGCUUGAUUUGCUUCCCAGACAUUUGCAUGCCAGUACUCGCGCGUCGCCGAACAGUCUGUAUCCAUUAGACUUUGUUUUUUUUCUGAGAUGCCGACAUUCGAGCGCGAGACGCCGCCUGACAGGCAUCUAAGACAUCAACAUUCUGCUUCAUCAAGCGCUCUUGUGCCAAUGUGGGAUAGCUCUGAUCCCGAUCGUGCUCCUCCACCACUACCCUUGAACCCACAAUCACCCAGUGUCGGCACGUCGCGAAGCGGCACGUCAUUGUUGAUACAGAAUGCCCACGCCGCGCUGAAUGAGAAGGCACGAGAGAAUGCUCUUGUCCCCGUCAUUCACAAGCGCAACACCGACUUCUCACCAGAACGAGGGCUCGUCCAACGAACAAGCCCCCACAAGCGAAUGCAAUCCAUGCAGCCUGGAAGCGUUCGCGACCUCAGUCUUAUGAUCGAGGCUGGCCGUGACUCGGCAAAUACUACACCUAGAGGCUCGCCCGAGAAAGAAAGACAACCUAGACCAGAGAGACCAGAGACUCCGGUGCGGGGAAGAGAGCCCGAGAAAGAGACAAAGUCCGUUGAGAAAGACCCAUCUACCAUUAGUUCCAUCUCAAUACCUUCACACUUGACGCCCGCCAUGCGGCCUACAUCGCGAUGGCCGCAACAGAGCAUACUCGGCGAAAACACACCGCCACAGUCUGCAACUAUGUUGGCUUUACAAAGCAUGUCGACCCCACCGGCUCGUGAAAUCGAGUCACCGCUUGCCAAUGUCACAAAUAAUGCAACACCACAACCCAAGACCCCAGCAUCUCACGAACAGCUUUCAAACCAAUUAUUAACCCUUACCAACAUAGCUACUGCACUGCAAAAGGAGAUGUCAGCGCUUAGCAGGAGAAGUCGAGAUAAUGCGACGGAUCUAAUGAGCCUCAAAGAGGCUACACAUGCAAGAGACGAGGAUAUCCGGAAGACUUUGCGCGAGCUGUCUUCCAAUGUGGAUCCAACUAAACAUCACCGCGACACAUAUAAUGGCGGCCUUUACCUUGACAAUAAAGCUUUCAACACCUCUCCCGUAAUGAAAAACGCCCGCCCGUAUGCGCUUCCUCGUAUACCGUCACCAAACAGCUUUGCUGCAUCUCUCGAUAGAGAGUCAAUUCUAAGUACGCCAUCUCUAGUUGGCAGCGAGACUCCUGCCACGAUGGCGUUGUUAGAAAAGAUCAUCAGGGAAAUGGGAACAAAAGAUGGCCAAGAUAUGAUGCUUGAUCGUUUAUCGGAACUUGCGGAGAGGCUUGUAGGUAUGGCUUCCGCAAAUAAAGUCGAAGAACUCCUUAGCGAUGUCAAGGCCAUGAGGCAGGAACACGCGACAAUCCCUCCUGCGGCCAAUAGCUCGAGGAGCCUCAGCUUCGACAGUGGUAGUGAGGGCUCAGCAUUGAAUUCGCACAGUGGAGCCAUAACCCAUAGAGUUGAACGUUUUAUAAUCGACAAAGACGGCCGACGUGCUUCCGCUCCUUCACGUUCAAAUGACGUCCUCAACGAGGAUCUCAUCAAAGUUAUUCAUUCCGUGAAAGAUAGCGUUGCCCAGGGCGGCGGUCUCACAGCCGAGGUCAAAGCACUUGUCCGCGAAUUGCGCGGCGAAGUCCUUGGCAUGGGUAGAGAGCUCGGCCGCAAGCUUGAGGAAUCCGGUGGCAAGACUUCUCACAGUAAAAGCGAGACGACGAAUAGUAGGGCCGAGCUCGCGAGAAUUGUUGAAGAAAGCUUGGAGCAGAUGAAGCUUUACAUGCAGCAACGGCUUCGGGAGCAUCGGCGUGAAUCAACCGAGUCCGAAAAGUCACUGGUUGACUACCAGGAGAUAUACAAUGCUAUGAGGACAGCCAUCAGUGACUCUCAAGAAAGCAAAGAUCCACAGCUGAGUCGCGAUGAUGUUCUUAAUGCAGUCAAAGAUGCUUGGGAGAACUAUAAGCCUGAGAUUGAAAUACAACAGCUUGGCUUAGAACGCGACGAAGUUCUGGCUUGUAUUAAAGAAGGUCUCCAAGAAUAUGCCCCGCAACCAGAAUUCCCAGAGACUGCGACUAGAGACGAGGUCUUCCAAGCAGUUGUAGAAGGGAUGAAGCAUUUUGUACCCCCAAAGAUCGAAACGCCCGAGACUCUCUCUCGCGAUGAGGUGCUGGACGCCGUCAGGGAGUGUCUAGAGGAGUUUGAAUUCCCUGUUGCUCCCUCCGCCACUGGGAAUGAGCUCACACGCGAAGAUGUGCGUUACGCCGUCAAGGAAGGCCUCAAUGAUUUCAACUUACCCCACCAAAUUACUGCUCUAGUACCUCAUGACACAGGAAGUUCUGAGAUAAUGGAGAGGCUUCAGGAUAUCAUGCAGUACAUGCAAGAUGAGUUUAAAGGAGCUGCUGAGGAAGCCAAGCAGCGUCUCGCAGCGAGUGGACAAAAUAAUGAGGACGUCUUGGUAGCAACCAAAGAAGGUUUUGCAUCAUUACGGACCCAGAUUGAAGAAUACGCCGGCAAAGUUUCCGAGAACAACGGCGCCAUUCCGCAAGAAGAACUCAUGGCAGAGCUUGUCAGCAGUUUUGAUAGUUUCCGCGACGAGCUUACUGACAUGGUUACCAAAACAUCAGAUAAUUCCAGAGACCUGGUGAAACAAGAGAUAGAAUCGCUUAGAGACGCUGUGAACUCGUCUCUUGUUCCCCAUGUACCACCACCUACCGACAACAGAGAAGCCCUCGAAGCCAUCCGUGAUGGUCUUGACCGGGUUCGCAGUGACCUUCUUCGUCCCCAUGCGGGCACUACAGACAUCAUGGACGCCCUACAUGAGGGCUUUACUGAGAUGCGAACCUGUAUUGAAAAGAUGAACAACAAGCCAGUUGAUUUCACAGCAAAUGACGAGAUCCUCGAUGCUUUGAAGUCGGGUCUGGAUGACGUCCGUUCUGAUAUCGAGACUCUCCGAGGCAAUGGCGACAAUGACAAAGCCAUUAUAGCGGCCAACCCGCAGUCCAUGGAGCUCAUCCCGGCCGACCUAGUCAAGCAUGGUGACAUCAAGAACCUUGAAGAACUAAUGACUGACUUACGGAUCAAGAUGGAUACCAUGGAAGUAGCACGGCCCUCAGCGCCUCCUGCCUCUGAAGGUGGGCUGUCAAAAGAGGCCUUGGCUGCAAUGGAAAAGAUGCUUCUGAAUGGUCUAUCCAAAGAGGACCUGAAUGAAAUGGAAGAAAGGCUUCGGAAUGGGGUGUCCAAGGAAGACCUCAAUGAAAUGGAGGAGAGGCUCCAACAUGGUCUCUCUAAAGAGGAUCUCAACAACAUGGAAGAGAUGCUUCGAAACGGCGUGUCUAAGGAGGACCUAAAUCAAAUGGAAGAGACCCUUCGGAGCAUGCAGGAGUCAAUGGCAGGGCUGGCAAACGUAUCAACCAAGGAUAGGGGAGAGGGCAACGAGACUCCCGUCAACCUGGAAGAUGCGGCCACUAAAGAAGAUGUACAAGCCAUCGAAACUAUCCUCCGUAAUACCAAAUCUAGGUUGGAUGAUCUCAUCGACGGCGAGCAAGCGGUCAGAAAAGAUCAUGUUGACGCCGUGGAGGCUCUAGUCCUAGAGACAAAGGACUCCUUAGGGUCCAUCACCACUGAGUUAGAGACAGUCACUCGCAAGGCAGACCUCGUUACUAUCGAGUCUCUCGUAACGCAAGCUACAGCAGCUCUUGAUGAGAUGAAGGCACGUGCUGAGAAGUCUCUUGAAGACCCUGAAAAGGUUACUAAGACCGAUGUCGACGCCAUGGCCCUAGCAGUUGCAGACGUUAAAGCCCUUGUUGAGAAGAUGUCUAGCACUGAUCUGGCCGAGCUCCCGACGAAAGAUGACCUGAACAAAGUCGAAGAGGUCGUACGAGAGAUUAAGGAACACAACACCACAGAGCUGCCCUCAAAAGAGGACCUGAAGGCCGUCGAAGAUGUUGUGAGGAAUAUCAAAGAUCACAACGUCGAAGUUUUGCCGACAAAGGACGAACUAAAGCUUGUCGAAGAUGUUGUGAAGGAGAUCAAGGAUCACAAUACUACAGUGCUACCGUCCAAAGACGAUCUCAAAAUCGUCGAGGAAAUCGUCAGAGAAAUCAAAGACCACAACACUGCUCAAGAGGAGGCCAACUCUACUGCUUUGGCGAAUAGGCAGGCUGAAGUCGUCACUGUCAAUGAAAGGGUUGCCGAAGUCAAAGCCUUCUUGGAAGACUUCCAGGCUAUGGCCAAGGAGAGGCUCGAAUCCGGUGGUACUGGCAUGGAGACCUUGGGUCGGAUGCUGGAAGGUCUUGGCGAAACCAUUAACCAGAAUGCCAGCGUUGGAAGUGACCUCAAGGAGAUGUUUGAGCUGAUGAAGACGGAGUUUGAGGACUCCAAAAACGGCGUAGUAGGCGCCAAGCUCGACACAGACGAGAAGCUUAAAGAAGCUACCGAUCAGCUCAAUGAGAAAUUUGACGAGAAGAUAGGGGCACUGCUUACAAAAUACGAGGAUUUCCAAUUAGUGAUUGAAGAUCGGACAAAGGCCGGAGAGGCUCGGGAUGUCGAGAUGGAAGCCGCAGUUGUCGGCACCAAGGCUGUCACAGAGGAGCUCAAAGUACUCGUUGACACUCUUGGCUCUACCGUCACCGACUCAUUAGAGAAAAUGGAAGUUGCUUCAAAGACAGUCUUUGAAAAGGUCGAGAUGCUUUACAGUAAAGCCGAAGACAACCACGCUGAAGGCAAGUCUGAGCACGAAAUGACGCGUGAUAAACUCAAGGAAGCCCUUGGUAUGGUGGAAGGUCUGCAAGGCCACGUUUCUGAUUACCAACCCAAGAUUCUUGAAGCCGUCAAAGAUGUCCUUCUCAUCGUUGGACAACACUAUGAACACUCUAAGGUCUCGGUAACUGAUAUCCAACGAUACAUUGAUGACGCCAAGCCACCGCCGCUUAAAGAAUUGCUACCACCACCUCCUGAGAAGUACGACGAUACGCUAGUACGCACAAAAAUCGACAACAUGAAUGUCGAGGUACACUCAAAAUUAGACAAGCUUGUGGACCACACUCAUGCAGCUGGCAAGGCCUAUGCCCAACUCAGUACUUUAGACAAAGUGCAUCAGCAAGUUGUACAGACAGCCGCCGAUAUCAACGAAUUCCUGUCUUCACAAAAACAACGAAUUGAAAAUGAAUACGAAGAUCGCGAGAAGACGCUCCGGGAGACCACGAUCUCUCUUGAAUGCCAAAGGGCAGAACAAGAACACGUCUCGGCCAACCUGGCCAUACUCAGGGACGAAGAGGCACAGCUUCGAGAUAGCAUACUCGCCCUACGAACAGAACAAGAAUUCCUUAAUCGACAGAAGACUCGCCUCACGGCCGAUGUUUCAUCUCUCGAGACUGCACUCCACCUACGCCGGGAAGAGCUGCACGCUAUGGACGUGCGCGCCGAAGGCUUGGAACGCAGGAUCCUCGAGGGUGUCCUCGACCACUCUCGAGCUCUACUGAUGACCAAAUCUAGCGCCAAGGGUCAGGAGGCUAUGAGCCGAAAGCGCGUCGCCCGCUCGAGCUUGGGAGGUAGCGAGCUCCCCAAGGCAGGUGCCAAACAGCCCGCUAAGUCCCGCGCUGCCGUCAACAUGGCUGUCAAUAGCAAUCGUGCAAGCCUCAUUGCUCCGAACCCGGCGGGCGCAAGCCGUCGCAUUCUAAGCCUCAGUCAGAUUACCAACAACACGCCCACUGGUGGACUCGCCAGGAGUCAAAGCGUGCGCAACACAGCGGCUCCUGGCAUACGAAAGAGGAGUUGGGCCCACGAACGAGCAGGCGCCGGGAAAGGUUACGGCGAGCUCAACAAAGAAAACGUAGACUCGGUCCGCGAAGCCGACGAGGAAGGCCGCGAACCUAUAGGCUCUCAAGACAGAAACAUCACACCUGUGGACAUUGACAUACCCACCCCCGUCGGCGAGGAGGACGAAGAUCCCGCAAGUGAUGGUGAAGAAGGAGAAGAAGACUCAAGCGAAUCCGGCGAAACACUUCGUCGCACAAGCCUCGGCACCACGGUCAUCACAGGCACGGAGACGGAAAGCGCAUAUAGCGACGAGGACGACGAGCAGUACUCUUCUGAGGGCAGCGGCAUCAGCGUCGGCGACGACAGCGUUGUGUCCGAGAGCGUCGCUGAUAGCGAGAGUAUUGCUGGCGAGCCAGAGGUUCUUGUUCACGCUACGUGA